UCACAUGUACGUGCGCGCACCGUCUCGGGGCCGCGCACGUAGGGUUUGGAAACUUUUAGCGGGAACGAGCACGUGCGCGCUCCCGUGUUCUUUGUGUGGCAGCAAAGAGAAAGCGCCAAAAGAGUGACCAUGGCUGAUGAGAAACCGAAGGAAGGAGUGAAGACUGAAACUAGCGAACAUAUCAACCUGAAGGUGGCAGGCCAAGAUGGAUCGGUCGUGCAGUUCAAGAUUAAAAGACACACGGCGCUCAGCAAACUUAUGAAAGCCUACUGCGAUAGACAGGGACUGUCCAUGAGGCAAAUCCGGUUUAGAUUUGACGGACAACCAAUAAAUGAGAAUGACACACCAUCACAAUUGGAAAUGGAAGAUGAAGACACGAUUGACGUGUUUCAACAACAGACAGGAGGAGUGAUUUAAUCAACCAUUAACACAAGCUCAGCCUGAUUUGCAUCUUAUCCUAUUGAGGUUUAAAUGACUCUGCUGUACAGUAUUUUCAUUAUCCUGUUACUUUACUUUUCGUACAUAAGCCAAUCCACAUCGAUUGUUUAGAAUAUAGGUUGUCAAAAUUGGACUUAUUCUAGAAUGUUAUAUAUUGUGUAUUUUCCAUUUCCUCGUCAUCACGUUCGGUCCGGAAUUUAGCCGGUCAAUUUUCAAGCUGUCUAUGAUGCUCACAAUACUUCAAGUAUGUGGUCACGAGGGGCCAAAACACCCGCAAAAUUGACCCGCAUGAUCCAAUCACGCUGUGAUCUCACCUCACAGAACAUGUUAAUAAAUGUCAGGGCUUUAUCAUACUGUUGAAAUGGACCUGAAAUCUCAUUAUGGAAAUUAAAUUGGAUUAUACCUGUAGAUGGUUGGUGAAUAUGUUGACUAUUACUUUGAUUCAUCCAUGAACUAGACCAAACGUGAUAUUUUGGCAAGGGAGCAGGAUAUUUUUUUCAUCAUGCAAACGAUAUUGUCUGUUAAAAUACCCGUUGAAAUAAAGCUAUUGUUGUUUUUCCAAUAC